GAUGAUGUCAGCGGCGGGCGGGCGCUCAGCCAUGGUGUGAGGGCAGGGACUGAGCCGGCCCGGCCCGGCCCGGCUCGGCGGCGGCAGCAGCACCAUGUCGGGCCCGAGCGCCGUGUCGGACCCGCAGCACCCGGCGCGGCUGCUGCGGGCGCUCAGCUCGUUCCGGGAGGAGACGCGGUUCUGCGACGCGCACCUGGUGCUGGAGGGCGAGGAAAUCCCGGUGCAGAAGAACAUCCUGGCGGCCGCCAGCCCCUACAUCAGAACAAAAUUGAAUUACAAUCCUCCAAAGGAUGAUGGCUCAACGUACAAGAUUGAACUCGAAGGGAUAUCUGUUGAUAUCAUGAAAGAGAUACUAGAUUACAUCUUCAGUGGGCAGAUCAGGCUAAAUGAAGAAACUAUCCAAGAUGUGGUACAGGCAGCUGAUCUCCUGCUGCUUACAGACUUAAAAACUCUCUGCUGUGAGUUUUUAGAAGGUUGCAUAGCUGCUGAGAACUGUAUUGGUAUUCGGGACUUUGCACUGCACUAUUGUUUGCAUCAUGUUCACUACCUUGCCUCAGAGUAUCUGGAAACUCACUUUCGAGAUGUCAGCAGCACAGAGGAAUUCUUGGAACUGACUCCUCAAAAACUGAAAGAAGUGCUGUCGAUGGAAAAGCUCAAUGUUGGAAACGAAAGAUACGUCUUUGAAGCGGUGAUUAGGUGGAUUUCUCAUGAUUCAGAAUCCAGAAAGGUCCACAUGAAGGAUGUGAUGUCGGCAGUGUGGGUGUCGGGGCUGGACGCCGCGUACCUGCGCGAGCAGAUGAUGAGCGAGCCGCUGGUGCGCGAGAUCGUCAAGGAGUGCAACAACAUCCCCCUGACGCCCCCGCAGCAGGGAGAGGCCAUGCUGGCCUCCUUCAAGCCCCGCGGCUACUCCGAGUGCAUCGUCACUGUCGGGGGCGAAGAGAGAGUAUCACGGAAACCAACCUCAGUGAUGCGGUGUAUGUGUCCUCUUUAUGAUCCCAAUAGACAGCUCUGGAUUGAACUUGCUCCUAUGAGUAUUCCAAGGAUCAAUCAUGGAGUAUUGUCAGCAGAAGGAUUUUUAUUUGUGCUUGGUGGUCAGGAUGAAAACAAGGGAACGCUAAGCUCUGGAGAGAAAUAUGAUCCAGACACCAAUUCAUGGAGUUCCUUACCACCAAUGCAUGAGGCACGACAUAAUUUUGGUGUGGUAGAGAUUGAUGGCAUUCUGUACAUUCUGGGAGGUGAGGAUGGUGAAAGGGAGCUAAUCUCUAUGGAGAGCUAUGAUAUUUAUAGCCGGACCUGGACCAAGCAGCCAGACUUGACCAUGGUUAGAAAGAUUGGCUGCUAUGCAGCUAUGAAGAAGAAAAUCUAUGCAAUGGGUGGAGGCUCCUAUGGAAAACUCUUUGAAUCUGUGGAGUGUUACGACCCCAGGACUCAGCAGUGGACAGCAAUCUGUCCUCUCAAAGAGAGGAGAUUUGGGGCAGUGGCCUGUGGAGUUGCCUCUGAGCUUUAUGUGUUUGGUGGGGUCAGGAGUCGUGAUGACAGCCAAGCCAGCGAGAUGGUGACGUGCAAAUCAGAGUUUUAUCAUGAUGAGUUUAAAAGGUGGAUUUACCUAAAUGACCAGAACCUAUGUAUCCCAACUAGCUCUUCUUUUGUGUAUGGAGCUGUGCCCAUCGGAGCCAGCAUAUACGUGAUUGGAGAUCUCGAUACAGGCACAAACUACGACUACGUUAGGGAAUUCAAGAGAAGCACGGGCACGUGGCAGCGCACCAAGCCGCUGUUCCCGUCGGACCUGCGCCGGACGGGCUGCGCGGCGCUGCGCAUCGCCAACUGCAAGCUGUUCCGCCUGCAGCUGCAGCAGGGGCUGUUCCGCAUCCGCGUGCCUUCCCCGUGAGCCCCGCUGCCAGGGGAGGAGACUGGAAGGGUCCUGCAGUCCACCAUAAUCUAGCUCUAUUUAAAGGAAAAGCUGAGAAAUUACAGCUGAAAAUUACACUGUAUGCUGUGCUUUGGUAUGGUAACUGUUUUUGUUUUAAAUGCUUACAAAAGCUUGAGUCUCAGUACUUGUUUGGGGAACAAAUAACUUAAGUACACAUUAAAGAGAAGAGGAGGGGGAAAAUAAAGGGGGAGAUCAAGGAAACGCCUUCAGUUGUAACCAUUUGGAGUUUAAACCGUGUUGUUGAAGGAGGAUUUUUGUGUCUGAAACUGGUGGGAAUCGUUUUCCUUUGGCGAAGCUUAUUGAAAAGCAAAAAAAAAAUAAGAUUUCAGGUGCGUUUCCCCUGCGGGGAACUGAUAAGAAUCCAUGUGCUAUCUGGAACUGGAUAGCUGUAAUAUACACAAGCUACACGAUAACCAACCUCCCUGGUGGGCUGCUGUUGGAGCAUGAGGCCACAGGAGGUGUUGGUCGUUGCACCUUUUAUUUCUAGUCCUUUCUCAAAAGAUAAGGUCUGUGCCUAAAAAAUGGUGGAGGUGUGUACAUACGGUUUUUCAUUCAUUUGCAACGGUUUCAUUCCGACAAAUAUUUUUAAUAUAUAUGAAAUGGACUAAUCUGAAAUGGAUAUGCCCCAGAAAAUGGAUACAGUACACCACCAAGAUGUAAACUAGUUUUUUUCUAUGCUGUUAUUCAAGUAGCCUGAUGAACUGGUCUGCAGGUGGGUGGCCGUGCACUUCUGGGUGGGCUUUGGUAGCUGUUUUCCUUGAAGUGAAAAGGGAAGACGUGUUUGGAACAGUUAGUGAUGAUUGCUGCUUUUGCUAAGAACAAAAGGACAAAUUAAAUAGACUGUGUUCCUUUUUACUUCAGAUUGCUUGCAAGCUAAGAAUGGUUUUGAAGACUGAGGAUCAUAGAAAGGUGUAUUUUAUGUCUCUUAGAACAAAGGUGAAAUAUGACAAGGAUAUAUUUAUUUUGCAGAAAACAUGGGGUUUGGACUACGAAAAAAUUUGUACAGUGUACCCAAAAAUUUGUACAGUGACUUUAAAUUGGGAUCAAAAGUUGGUUUACUAAUGAUUUCUGUGCUACAGUUCAGUCUUGUUUACUGCUGUCUGACUUUGAAAGCUGGGUUUUAUGGUGUGGUUGUAGUGAAGAACUUAGUAUCUUGCAUUUGAUUUCUUACUAAGCCUUGUUCUCAUCAGUAGUGAUAUUUAACUGACUUUUAUUUGUAGUCAAGAUCAGCUGGUAGAACAGUUUUACCUCAAUUUUUGAUUUCAUUGUUGUUGUGAUGGGCGGGACAUAACCUAUAUUUAUUUAAAAGGAAUAAAAUGGGAGAGAUGGAAAAUAGAAAUAAUACCUCCUGCCCUUCAGAUAAAGAGACUUUGUACAACCAGUAUUAUAACUACAUACAAGACUUUCCACUCUGCAACUUUGUGGACCUCAGACAAGCCAAACUCUGCCCUCAGUUGUGUUAGUGUAAACCCUCAUCAUCUUUAUUGAAAUCAUCUUACAUGUGUUGAAAUAUGAUCCCAAACUAGAUUAAAAUAUCGGUAUUUCACUAAAUAGUCCUUGAAGAGCCAUUCUGAAACUUAUUUCUGCUCAGCCCUUCCAUGGCACUGAUGUGGGGUUGGAAUUACUCUGAUUCCUGAGCACAGGAGUGUGGGAGGGUGGGGAAAAGGGCAGCAGCCAACCCAUUGACUUUUUUUUUUUUUAAUUUUUUUACAAUGCUGAAGUGCUGCAAAACUUGAAAUAUAUACAUCGAUUUUCUGACCUAUAUUAGUUGGCAUAUUAAAAAGUUUCUAUAUUUAUGCAUUGCAGUAAACUUGGUGUGUGUACAUAUAUGUCUUUAGAUUUUAAAUUUAUAUAUAAUGCUUUACUACAGAAAUGUGAACCACUCUUUCCAUCCUUGGCUGUCUUGUGAAAUAAAUCAAGUGCUGUUAGUUUAUCUAUAAAACUUCCCUUUUUUUGAAAAAUCUUACAUGGAUCAAUUUUUUUUCCUCAGACAAAGUGCCAAGAUCCCAAAUUCAAAAGUGAUGAAUGUUCCUAAGUAUCUGUUUCACUUUGAGCUCAGUUUUGUAAGUGGCUUGGAAAACUUUGGAAAAUGUUAUUCAGAAUAUUGCCAGCUGCUAUCUCCCGAGUCCCUGUAGCUUCCCAGCACACUUGAGGGCAUUCAGCAUCCAGAAAAUGUAAGUGAUAAAUGCACAUGAUAAAUCCAAGUAAAUACUCUAGCAGUGUUUUGCAGUUCAAGUUACUGAACCAAAUGUUUACACUUAGAGUAGGAUUAACACUAGGUGUUCUUAGUUUGUUUUUUUAAAAAAGAAAACAUAAAUAAAACAAACAAAUCUGCUGGUGAUUGGAGCGUGUUGCGAAUGCACUCAGUGAGAUUUGACCAAGAAGUUGAAGCCUCUGUAUCUGACCCAGUCACAAACUGAAUUUCUGAGCACACAGUACUCGUGUCACGUUCCACGUGGCUGGGAUCCAGGGCUCCAGGGAUGCUCCCCGGGGGUUUUGGGUGUUCAAGAUUUAGGCACUGCUGAGAUCUCCAAACUGGCUUGGCCUUGCCUAAGGGCACGGGACCAUUCCCCAUCUGCGUUAUCUGUGGGACUGAUCCAGGAGCUGCUCUGGCCUCUGUGUGUGCAGGAGGGAAGAGAUGUGACUUCUGGGGUCUGACUCCUGUCUGUCUGUCUGUCCAGCUUUGAUCUGUGAGUGCAUCCCUUAGAUUGUGCAAUAACCAGGCUUGAUUUCCCUCUGACUUUGGAGCAGGGCUUUGAAGCCAAGGCUCCCCUUUCUCCAGGGACUCUACCAAUGUUGGUGUAGGAGUGAAGAGGCAGAGCUGACCUGACUUUUCUUUCUCUUUUCAGAGGGAUGGUUGCCUUCAGAAGGGGGGAGGCUGUGAUGAUUACAGGGGUGCUGAGAGGAGAGAGGUCACCAGUUUGCUGAGUGUGUUGAACGUGCAAACAGCUGGAGAUUGAACUGGGUUCACUGGUAAAUGCCACCACUCAGCUGUCCCUGCUCUCCUGGCACCGUGUACCCCUGCACACGAUGGCUGAACCACAUGGGAAACAACUCAGAGUUUUUCUGAGUUGCAGUCCAGGGGUUUUAGGUGGUUUGGCAGUUUAGAAACUUAUUUAAGUUGUCCUUGCUUGGCACAGUGGCCUUAAUUCCUCCCAGCUCAUGAGUUGGCACUGACACUCAGCCAGGUCCUCCACAGGUUUGAGUGUGGAGCUGUCCGUGCAGGAUGAGCACUGGCUGGGCCACCUCGAGCUUGAGGCACUUGGGCUGGGCCUCUGCAUCCUUUUUCCUUUCCUUGCUGAGGAACUGGACCAACCCCAGCUACUGAAAUCAGGAAAUCACCAAAUAAGGGGUAGGAAUUGUGGAAGAUGGGACAAGUGGUAGCUUUCUUCUCCUCUUAUUCCAUCUCUUUUCCACAAUUCCCCCAACAAAAAGUUUCUUCUUCCUUUUUUUCAUGUGCCACAGAUAAUUUUGGAAAAAAAUUUGGAAUUGUUAAUUUUAGGGGACAAGUGGGGGGAAAAAAUGUAUGCUACUGUAAUUACACAGCAGUGUCCUCUGUGCUUGUUUUACUCUUGUAGUCUUGUGGCUGCUCUGCACAGCAGAGAGGGAUUACAGAAGCAAAGUGUAAAGUGCUGUUGCUCAUAAAAUAAAUCCUUUGAGUUCCCAAGGGAGGCACAUGCCUGGCCUGGCUCUGUUCCUUACCUUGCCUUGACAGAUGCUGGUAUUCCUAAAGAGUCAGGGUUGGAGUUCUCUCCCUUUCUGAUUUUAUAACCUGAAGAAGAGUCAUCCUGAAGUUUUCUGUUUUGCUGUACAAUAGCAAGGUCUGGUUAUCCUUAAAUAUUUUGUCACCUAGUCCUUAAAUUUUAGUUAUUGUGAAAAUGCUGUGUCAACCCAGCUGCUUCUGGUCAAGUGAAUUGCUGUAGUGUGAGGGUACUUCAUCUUUAAAUUGAAAGCAAAUUAAAACGAAAUUACACUAAAGGACAGAGGUGAAUCUGAAACCAAAAGAAGCUCAAAAUCAGCUUGCUGAUAGCUGGGGCAGGCUGUGUCCCUGGUGUUUGACUGCACAGCACGUGCCUGGCACACAGCCUGCCCUCAGCAGCAGAGAUCUUGAUGAAAAGAAGAGGUUUUUAUCAAAGCUGCUGAGCUGCCUGGCUUAUGAACUCCCCCUCCAGAACACACCAGGCAGCUCGGUUGUUUUGCAAUAUUCCUGGUGCCUGCAUGACUCAGUGAAUGCACAAGUACAGAGUGAGGGGUUUGGGGAGGUUUUUCCCUGUUUCAGCUGCAGUUUCUCUGUUUGCUCCAUAAAUGCUGUGGCCAUGCAGCCUGCAUGGGCUCUGCUACCGUGCAUGUGCCAUGCGGAGUGGAGGAUGCAAUAACAAAUGCAAGUUGUUACAAGUGCCAAACUUUUGGGUUCUUCUGUGUAUAACAAUAAUUCAACUGUUCUACUGAAAUGCAGAGAUGCUUAAAAUUCACUGUGUUCCAAAAAAGAGCAGCGGUUCUUUGGGUUUUUUUAAAUGAAUGCUAUUGAAAGCAAGGUAAAUCUACUUUUUUUUUCUUUUUUUUUUUUUUUUUGUAAUACUGUUCUGCAGGUUUGUGUUACUCUUCACAACUGCCUUGAGUAUCACUCCAUGUGAUGCAUAUGGACACUUUGCUCUUUAUUAAAGCACUGGUGCCACACAAGUAUAUAAGAAAAGGCAGCUGACAACAGGCUUUAGUAUUUAACAUUCUGUUUAGAUUAAGUGCAAUUUGUUUGCAUUAAUCGACCUGCAGAAAGGAAACUCUGCCCAGGGACACAGGCAGACAGCAUUGUAACUAAGGUGUGGUUUGGUGCCACUCACAGCGAUGCUUUCCAAGGAAUUAUAUUUAAUUUAGUGUUAAAUGGAUCCUUUCUGCCUCCAAUUUAGCACAGAGGAUUUGGGGGUUGUGUUCUCUUUAGCUCUUUGGAGUACUUAAAUGGCUGUUUCAGGUGGGUGGGAGGGGAGUUCAUUGCAUCCGUGUUUGUGGAAGCUGCUAUUUCCAUCUUCCCAAAGGAGUAUUUCCUUUUCCCGUUCAGGGCUGAGUGCAGGCCUGUGUUUCAUUUGCCAUUUUCUGCUGCUCUUCCUUGUUUUUUCUUGGAGCUGGGAGCUGUGUCCAUGGGUUCUGUGUUUCCAGGGCACCUCGCCUGUGAGAGAAAAGCACGGUGCUUGGGAAGGUGAGCUGGUAAAAGCUGGAGGCAGUGGAGUUUGGGGGAAACUCUGUUUUCUGUAGGAGUCACCUCUGAGUGCUCUGAAGUUUAUUAAUAAGUUUGGCACCUGCUCUCCAUCAUCCCUAUGGGUCAUAGGGUUUUAUUUUCUUUUUCUCCCUAGGAAAUUCCUUGCUGUAGGAAGGAUUGCAGCCAGGGUUCAAGGUGACACCUCUGACCAGCCAUGCCCAGCGUGGCUCUGCAGUCUGCUGCUGCUGUGCUCCAGCAAUCCAUUCUCUCAAAAUUCUGAUUAACAGGUUACCUAAAAACAUAGACUAAAGCCAUGCAAAGUGCCCAACUAAAUCAAUCCUGCUUAAAAGGAUUAAGGGUAAUAAGAGAAUUAAACUAUGAGCUACUACCAACAGGUGAUUAUGUUGAAAAAUUUAUUGAUGAUACAAAAUCUGAAUAAUAUUUUUUAAAAUUACUUAUUCUAGGUAGCUGUUUCUUAGUUAUAAAAGUAUUUGCAAUAGAUAAAGGACUUGUAUAGAAUAAUAUUUUGAGGUUAUUUGAAAUAAUCUAUUGAAAUGUCUUGAACAGUGAGCUGGAAGAUUGGAGCUUUUCAGGGGGAAAAGGCUAAAUCUUGGUGGUCAGCAGCUUUGCAGGGUUUCUGUGAGCAGAGAACACCUGCCAGAGCACUUCAGUUCAUGAACCUGCUCAAUGCCACUGCCUACCUGUGCCCUUGAAUCUGCAUAAUGAAAUGAGGCUGUUCUGAGCCCUGGUAAAACCUGAAGGGUCUGAUUACAAUAAUAGAAAGAAGCAUCCCCUGUGUAAUUAGGGGUAUUUUAUUGCUAAAACGAGAUUUUUAAAAUUUUUUUUUUACUACUGGGGGCUUUUGCAUUACCACCUUAGGCAUUUGAUUUUUUUUUUCAUUUAUUUGACUUUCCUCCAUUUCUUUGAGGUAAUGCUGAGACAUCCUCAGUUCUUGUCGAGGGCAAGUUUUUUUUAUCUGUAGCUCUAAAUCCUGUCAGAGCCUGACAGACCCCCUGCUACAGACUAUGUACUUGUUUCACAGGUGUCAUUUCUGUGCAUUCUGUUAUUGGGCUGCCACCUCUGCCAAUUUCAGAACAGAAAAAAACCCCCAUGUGGAACAAUUUUGUACCUGAUAAAAACAAAAGUGAUUAUGGAAAGUUUAAAUUUUCAUCUGCAAUAGGCAGUGUGCUACAAAAACCUGAUCCUUGGCUGGGCUUGAGGUCCUCUCCUAAUGAGUUUUAUUAAUCUGCUUUAUUAAUUUAAACAUGACAGCAGGAAAGCAUUAUCAUCCCUGUCACUUGUUUCACUGUUUUUUAUGUCUUAAAAGCAAAGCCUACUUAUUUAUUAGAGUGAAUAAAGCAGUACACAGGGGUCUCUGUUGAGGUGAUCAAGUUAAACACAGCUGACUUUCUGUAAAGCUCUUGCUAUGGUUUCUUUCUGAAGGGAAGCCAGGGAGUGCCCUCUUAAGAAAUACUUUCAAAACUUUCAGAGCUGGUCUUAAACUAGUCCAAAGGCCUCCUCUGGAUUGCUUAGAGAACAUGAAGUCUGUUCUAGCUUUUGUUUGCUUGGGGAAACACCUGCUAAGUCCAUUUUAAGCUUUUUUUUUUUUUUUUUAAUCCUUGACUUCCAAACCUGAGUGGUUUGCUUCUUGCAAUUGAAACAUGUUUGUAUUUAAGGGUCUGAGCCUGCAUUUUGCAAUGAAUGCAUGGUGAGUGUUCUGUCCUAGCUUGGUUACAUGUUAUAGACACCAAGCUGUGUUCUGGGGGGCUCCUGGAAGCUCCUUUACAGUGCCAAGGCAUGGAGAGGGUUCAGUGCAAGAUUCUCCUUACACUGCACAAGCCUUGCUGUGAGUGUCAGACAGGGCAAGGGCUGGGCUUGGUACAGAACAUGGAAUUGCCACCACUGCCUGCCCUCAGUGUUUGGACCUCCAAAGCCCAUCAGGGGCAGGUCCUGGGUGUUCCAUGCACGGUUUCCUCUGGCCUCUUUUGCUGUUAUUCACAGGAUUUUGGUUUCACUCUCCCUCUAAACACACAACCUGUGCCCCUGGUCCGUGGGAGCACAACUCCCGUGGGUCAGAGGGUGGCCACACCAACCUGCUCCCUGUGGCUUUUGCACACCUCUGCACAUCAGUGUGUGUGUGUGGGGACAGUGCUUGGUACACAAUGAAGUGACUUUCUCACUGAGCUUGCAGAGCUGAUGCCAGCAGGUCAGAGAUCACCUGAACACCUGUAAGCAAACCUGCAGGUAGAGCAGGGGUAGCCCAGUCCCUCGUGUGUGUCACUGUGGCUGGAAGUCUGGCGCCUUGUCUGGGGGGAAAAGCCCCUAUUCCCAGCUACCUCAUUUUUUCUUUCUUUGCACUUUGUCAAGUAUUUUUUGUUUGGUUCUGUUUUAUAUCUCAUUUUGUCCUUCAAUUUAAAAAAACCUAAAAGCAGACAAGAAGCAGGACAGAAUGGUACCAUUGCCCAAGGACAGUUUAAUUUCAUUUUAAAUUAAUGUUUCUGUACAAAAAGACCAAGGUUGACCUGCAGCUGCUGUAAAAAGUAAAUAAAAAUUUCUACUACUUGAAAGUAACUAUUAUACUUGGAAAUGAGAGUAGCAAUUGAAAGACUGUCCUGAUGAUUUUUAAACAGGAAAAGAUCUGUUUAAAAAAUAGAAGUCUCUGCUCUUUUAAGGACAGAUCAGAUAGUUUUCUCUCUGCCUCUACUCUGCUCUCACUGUUUUGCCUGUGAACUUGAUCCAUUAUUUCAGUAGCGAGAUUCACUAAUUUUUCUGUAAUGUCUAAUCAGAUUUUUUGUGGAGUUCCCCAUUUAAUCACCUGCAGAGGAAAAAUUGUUCAAUCAAUGCCCAUCUUCCAUACCUGAAUUUACGGUUCUGCCCAUUUCUUUGUGAUCUUCAGGUAUGUGGGGUUUUGCUUAGACUGAAGAAGUUUUUUAAAAACUGUGUUUUCUUCUGCUUCUAAAGGUGCUAUUUUGACAUAGUUUCAAAUUCCUUACACUGUGCUUGACUUCUAAAAGUACCAAUAUAAGCUGGUAAUCAGCUUGUGUUUGUUCUGUGGGGUUUUUCUGUGAGUAUUCAAUCUCUAUUUUGAAAAGCAUCCCUUUUCAUAAAGACAGCUUCCAAACUGUCAAGGCCUUAAUAAUGCAAAAUGUAAUGGGAAAAUGCUACCUUUUUCCUUUCUUUGUAAAGGCAAAACCAAGAAAUGCUUCACAGAGAACACCUUCCUCUAAAAUUUUGAGGAGCAGCUCAUACUAACUUUCAAUUCAAUGUAGCAAACAUUUUAGUGGCCGUGCACAAAUAGGAGGGGUGAAACAAGGAGCUAUUCAUAACUCUGCAGACUGUACCAAUUAGCUGCUAAUUCCAGAGCCUUCCAUUAGCAUCAUGGUGGCUAUUCCAUAAAUAUUCAUCUUCCCAGGCUUGCUCCCAGGACCUGGCUGUGUGUCUGGGACUCGCUGACCGAUGUGGCUGGUGGGUCACUGGGAUCCCGGUGUGGGGUUUUUCUCAGACCCCUCCUGCUCAGCCCCCCUCAGUGGGGUUUGGGUGCCACAGGUACUUUGUUUCUGGUUUUUGUGCUGUCUUUAUUUUUGUUUGGUCUGUGUCAGUUUAGUUUAGACAUUUGUAACACUGCUACAGGAAGGUUUUUCCUUCUCUGAAGCACAUAAAGUCCUACCCUGUCUGAAGCAGCAGGAAGGAUCAAGGGUUGAUGUUUGAAUUUGUCCAAUCUCCAGACAGCAGGUUAUUUAUUGCCUUCUCACAGGCUCUGCAGUCCCAGCGCUGCAGCAUUUCUCAGUCGUGUUAAUCUGAGAGCCCUUUAGCCUUUUGAAAAGAGUCCAGAGACUGCCUUGUCCUUCUCCUCCUUCACACGUGGGGCGCUGCCCUCUGGGCCAUCCGCACUCAUCCAGGCUGUCACUGCAGAGGAGCCACCGGUUGGUGGCCUCACAGGAGUGUCUGUGUUACCUGCAGCGCUUCUGAAAAACAGCUGAUAAAUGUUUUUUAUCAUUUAUCAGGGCCAUCGAGAAACUCCACUGAGCUUGCAAAUUCCUGAUCCUCCCAUUCUAGGGAAGGCUGAGGAGCAGCAUCAUUCCUUGCCUUGCAGCUGCUCCCUGCUGCACAGGUAAGGGUGAGUCCACACUGUCCCUUACAUAAGGGUAAAAUGUAAAGAUUUACGGGUUGUUCUAGGAGAUCCACUAUUUAGCAUUUGUUGUAUUUAAAUCUGAAACUUCUGGAGGUAUGGAACUGUGGGUUCUGGAACUAUGUCUGCAGUGUGGAACCACAGGUACUGGCCUAAAUAGCUGGGGAGCUUCUGGCAAAGUUGUUUUUCCACUGCACUUUUCUCUUUUUUUGAGAAACCAGAGAUGUGAAACUGCAUCCCAGUUUGUAUGCCCGCUGUUUCAUAAUCCAGAGUGGGAGCCUGAUAAACUGGAAUUAUUUUACCUUCAGAAGGAAAAACGAAAUUUUUUUCACAUUAGAUGAUGCUGUAUCUUCAGAGUUUUCCCUCUGUAAACCAUGUUUAUUGAGUUCCAUGGAUCUUGUGGCAUUGGAUUAAAGAAUAUGAAUACAUAAGUAUUAUAAGAAUGAUAACUAGUGUACUUAGUCUGACUUUGUACGGUACAAAUACUCUAUUUUAUCUUAAGAGAAUGAAAUGACUAUUGAGUAAUCCAAUUAUGAUAUCUGUACUGCAUGAACCAAGUAAUAGGAGGGUGUUGGAAUGUGAUGUCACAUUGCUGCCACUCUCCUAAAAGUUCAAUGUUCUGUCAAAUCGAAGAUCUUGAUAAUUACCAGGAUAUGGUCAGAAUAUAUUGCCACUUUUUCUACAAAAGGCAUAUUGGUGAGGUAAAAGCACUCACCUGUUGUUUACCAUCUGUGGCAUGCAGCUGGACAGCAGGGGUUAUCCCCACCGUCCAGCUGUUGUGCUCUGACUCCUGUAUUACAGAUGUGGUCACUGUUACAGGCUUUUUAUGUGUGUACGUGUUCUGUGGGUCCUUCUGUGCUUUGUGUGGAAAUGGAGUUUUGGCUUUUAUAUGUCCACCCUAAAGUCUUUAGAAAUUACUUGAUGAGUCACUUGGGGUCAGGGUUUGGAAUGCUCGGAUUGGAGUAUGUUGAGUUACUUCUGUUUAAAACAGGGAAAAAUAAGACAUAAAUGCUCUUUGACCUCAAUCAAACUAUGCAAUACAGCACACCAGAGAGCUGAAUCCCUUGUGAUACAGAAGUGCAGCUCCUGUGUCCUUCCAAACCCAGUCCUUGGUCCAAGGUUAGGAGAGCUUGUACUCAAUGGCUGCCCAAGAAUCUUGUAUCCACAUCAACUCCAGUUCACUGCUUUUCCUGCUGCCCCUCUCCUGGCCUGGCAGUUUCUCCGGGUCAGGCUGUUGGGUGUUUUGGCUGGGAAUGAUGUGAUCUCCACGUGUGUCCCUCCUGUUGUCCCGUGGUGUUGUCAGCCGGAGCUGGUCCUGUAGCCCCCAGUGCGGCUUUACCCGCUGGGGCCACUUCACCCUGUUUGCACCUCCCUGCCCUGGAGCAUGUGGGGUGUUUGGGGUCUGCUGUGGCCCCUGCCUUGGUGUUGUCUUGCUUUCCCUGUGUCUGUCAGUUGUGGAUCUGGUGCUUACAGUAAAGAAUCCCUGUGAUGUCUCAAAUCCAGUCCAAGUAUGUUUUCAUUUCUGCCGCUUCUGUGUGAGUUUGAGUUUGAUUUGAUUCUGCUUCUGUGGCAAUUCAGGGAUAAAUGCUCAUGUGGUCAGGACUGCUGGUAAAGGUUCUUUGUUCUCCCAUGGCUUCAUUUUUCCGGUGAAAUUUGUUCCUUGUGUUCCUCCUCUUCCCCUGCUAUAAAACAGGUACCAUUUUUCCUGGUUCUGCCCUCCUCUCCCAGGAGAUCAUGAAUUCUUCAUUUACUCAACCCACCCCAGACCUCGUACAGUUUCUGCCUCCUACCUCCCUUUACUCUUUUGUCUCUCUUUAAUUCAGAUUGACCUCGAUUUCUUUCUCUGAUUCCAAAAAGGGAUUUUGGUGCAUAACCUGGGAGACAAGCAGGAAAGCUCUCUCUGCAGGUGUCUGUGUACAUCCAUUCCCUGCCCAGCACACGCAGUGUAAGGGGCUCAGCCUGUUCCAUUCCUUCCCCCAGGUUUUUCCUAGUGCUAAGCAGACCACAGGCUGAAGCCAUUUCUUAUUUCUUUUGGUAACUGAAAAAUAUUAGGAGAUUUUCUUCUUUGGAAAUAGCCACUGCCGUUGAGCAGGUGGCAUGAGAGAGAGGGUUGUUAUGCUUCCAUAUUCAGUAUUUUUAAUUGAGGAACAAAUAAUUUAUUUUGGGAAAUAAUGUAAAUUUUUUUGUAUUUGUAUGUCAAAGUGGCCUUUAUAGGAAAAGCACAUAAAAUAUUGAGAUUAAAAUUGCUUAGUUGUGUAAUUUCAGUGGGGAUUUUUGUAUUGACAGGGUUUCUAUGCAUUUUUCAAAAUAUACUUGCUGUUUUGUGUUAGAAUUAUUGGAAAUCUUUUUAAAAACAUGUAUUACCACGUUUUCCAUGGUUGAUCCCUUUACUAUCAUUCCUUUUGAAUACUAAAAAGAUUUUAAUUAACCCUGUAAAUUAAUUUUUCCCCACAAAUAUUUGCAUUAAGUCAAUAUAAUGAGUUAUAGCAUGGGUAUGUAGCUUUAAGGGAAUAAGCCGAGUAGUGCAGUUUAAUUCUGGAGAUGUGUUUGCAGAAGGGUGGUACAGCAGCGUUUCAAUUGCACUUAAAACACUAAAUUAGGAAAUUAGGUUUUUGCUGUACCUCACUAGGGUUUUAUUAAAACGUGUCCAUCCUGAAUUGUUUACACUUGAGCAUUAUUUAACUAUGUAUUAUUUGUGCAGUUUGCAGUUCUCUGUUCUGUUGGGAUUAUGUGAACAUUAACAGACAGGAGAAGUUUUGGAGUGUGUGGUGUCCUCAUGGGUUUGAUGUGAGUUUGGGGAGGGAGGACAGAGGAAAGUUAGGUCCAUUAGUGUAUUUUUCCAUUUAAUUAUGUACACAUUUUCACAUUAGCUGAGACUGAAUUAUUGAACUUACAACUGAACUGUGAGUAAAAUCAGUGGUUUGGGGGUGGGGGAAAUGAAGGGGUUGCAGAACUUUAGACAAACCCCCUUAAGUUGCACUGUGGUACAACUGCCCUGACUGCCUGUGCACAGCAUAGCCCGAGGGGAUCCCUCACACCCUGCUAGCAUUGCUCUGCUUUUCCUUUCUCUUCUCCAGGUGUUGCUGCAAAGUUUGCUGAGUAGGAUCUUCCAAGGAAUUCUAUCAACCGAGACUUGAGUUUUAUCAUUUUAUGUUUGUAGUUUUAAUUUUCGUUCUCAUUUCUGUUUCGUAGGAGAUCCCCCAUGUUCACAGGUUAGUGUAAGUGCAGGCUUUCAGGUGUAGCACCAAAUGAGUGUUUCAUGCAACCAUGCAUUCUGUAACUGAAGAAAAAUGUGCAAUUCUAAUGGCACUUUGACCCAUUGCUGAAACACUGGGUUUUGCAAUUGAACAAACUCAACAAUUGAAAACACUCUGUGUCUUAAUUAGAUGUCUUGAAGGUGAAGCAAAAGGCAGUUACUCCAGUUGUACCCAUGGAUAAUUUGGUAUUGAGGUUUUUUAAAUAGCUUUUUGGUCUGUUUUUAGAAAAAACACUCGUUUCUUGGUUUACUUUAGUUGCCAUAAAUUGCCCAGUGCAGAGUCUGGUCCACCUCCAUUUGUUUAUUUUCACGGAAUAGUUGCACAAAAAACUGGUAACAGCAAAGUAGGAAAGCUCUUUGGUUACUCACCAGUAGCUUCCCUUGCAGAAUUGCUUUGUGGCUCACACAUGGUAUGAAAAGGGACACGGGAAUUUUCCUGGAUUCAGUAGCACUCGCUUUGUUUACGUGUUCAGUAGAACGUUGGGUGACUAAAGGGAGGCUCCCUUUUUAAAGUAUUUGACUUGUGCUUUGAGGACUUAGUCGCCACUGUGCAAAUUGUGCUGUAAUAUUGUACCAAGGAUCAGUGAAAGUGUUUUAUCUUUUUUAAUGUCGUUUGUAUUUGACCGGGUUUUAUAAAUGUAAGAAAACAGAGUGUUGUAUUUUGAUCUGAAAUUUGCGUAUGGUAAAAGUAACUUUGCUUUAUGUAUUGGAGGUUUGUUCAGAACUUGAAUCAUUUUAUAGAAGGGUACAGACCAAAAUUAAUUGUCUUAAAGGUGUUUAAUAAAUUAACCAAAUAAAACAUUGAUUGUUUGAAAA